AUUAAUAAAUUAAACACUAUUAACACAAAAAGAUACAAUCAAUACAAUUUAGAAUACAACUAGAUACAAUUAGACAUAGCACAAUUAAUUCAAACUCUAUAACAAGGAUACCAACUAAAUAUCUAAUGCUUGUCCAGUUUUCUUUUCAUUUUCUUGCACUUUCAUGCUUUUGUUUUUUUUUUUGGGGAGCAAUCGAACGCAGAAGGACAAAACCAAAAUUGGGUAAUGAAGAGACAACCUUUCCUAGAGGGGUAAACCUGUGUUGCUCAUCAUUCGGUGCCUUGCUUUUUUGAAACUCUGAAACUGCAUAAAGUUAGCACUUGUAAAGCGAUUAAUGAGUAGAUAAAGCUCUUUUGAAAUACAAAGAAGUUUUUUUGUUUUUUUGAAAAGUAGGAAAGGAGGAUAAAUCAUGUUUUUGGGCACGUGUUUUGCGUUCAAAAUAUUUGAAAGGUUCCACCUUUCUUUAUGCUACUAUUAUACGGGGAGCCUCAGACACUUACAUAAGGUAUUUUCUCGGGCAAGGAGGCACUGAUGAAGGAUUGUGCGAAAUUGGUUGGUAAUGGACAGAAUACUUCCUUUUGAUAUGAUAAAUGGCUUGGAAGUAAAUUUAUUAUUAAAUUUUAUGAAUCUUGGAUUAGACCAAUGUCAGCCAGAUUUGAUUAGUGAUCUUUUGGAUGAGAAUAUAGAUUGGAAUUGGCAGAGAUUGUCAGUUUUUUUGUCAUGAUAUUCUUAAUCACCUAUCCUUAGUGCAUCCAAUAAAUACUAAGGAUGGUAGGGUUAUUUGGACAGCUUUUCCUAGAGGAAAAUUUUCAUGUAAGUCGGCUUAUAAUCUUAUUAAGGGGGAUCCUAAUGCUGAUUUUUGUUGAAACCGAUUCUGGAAAUCGGAAAUGUCGUCUAGAGUCCACUACUUUCUAUGGCUAGUGAUUUAUAAUCGAGUUCUUACUAAAGAAGUUGUGCCAUAAGAAGAAUUUCAUUUUCAACCCGGUGUCCAAGAUGCGUUGCUGAUUUGGAGAAUAUCUUGCAUGUCUUAAAAAACUAUCACAAGUCUUAAUUACUCUGGACUAGAUGGUUGCAUGGUGAUCAAUUGGAUAAAUUCAAUUCUUUGCCUUUGACAGAAUGGUUGAGGUUCAACCUAUUUAAUAAGAACAAGUUGAUUGAGAGUUCAAUUCCUUGGUUUUUAUUCUUUGAGUUUGCUUGUUGGUAUCCAUGAAAAUUGCGUAACAAAGUCCUCUCUAAAGCUGGGUUUGUAUGGCCAGGAAUAGUAGGGGUUACUUGAUGCUUGGGUUUACAAGAAGAUACAAUCUACCGUAUUAGUUCCGUCAGACUCAAAGGAAAGCACCUCCAAUUUCUUACAUGAUCCACCAUUUUCCGUCAGGUUUUGUUUAAUAUAUGGCUGUUUGGAUUAGGUGUGAAAUGGGCUUUUCUUAUAUGGAAACAAGCCCAACGUGGGUUAAGACUUGUUGAAAAGGUUCCCUCGCCCUUAUCUACAUUCCUAAAACCAUAUUGCGUGGUUUAGCGGAGGGUUUUAGUUUUGUGGAAGAAGGAAAGAAGAAGACGACGAACGUUUUGGCUGAUGAAACUGUGAGAAUUUUGGUAAAGAUUUCACGGAUACAGAAAUGGCACUGCAAUACUCGAUCCAUAUCCAGUAUUGGUUUUCUCCAGCAAAACAGAACAAACUAAAGGCCGUACGUUCAAACUCACUUAAAUUGCCUUCCUGGAAUCGGAGUUCGAUAGGGAAUGGGGUAAGAGCAAAUGGAAUGGUAGAAAAAUUUGGAAAGAAAUUUAUGGGACGAGAAUUAAGUGACAUGGAUGAUGAUGAUGAUGAUGAUGAUGAUAAUGGUCCAUCAACGAAAAAGGGUCAGAUGGAUGAUUCAUAUAAUUUUGAUGCUGAUAAGCGACGUGAAUGGAGAGCCAAGAUUAGGGAAGUCCUUUAUAAGCAUCCUGAAAUUCAGGAGGAACUUGACCCUGUUGAAAAGUUGAACAAGAUGCAAAAGCUACUGGCUGAUUAUCCCCUGGUUGUAGAAGAGGACGAUCCGGAUUGGCCUGAAGAUGCUGAUGGCUGGGGUUUCAACCUGGGACAGUUCUUUGAUAAGAUAACCAUCAAGAAUGUCAAGAAAGAUAUCGAAGAUGAUGAUUAUGAUAGUGAGAAUGAAAUAGUUUGGCAAGAUGAUAACUAUAUUCGUCCAAUCAAAGACAUUAAGACUGCUGAAUGGGAAGAGACUGUAUUCAAGGACAUUAGUCCUUUAAUCAUUCUUGUGCAUAACCGCUACAAAAGGCCAAAAGAAAAUGAAAGGGUUUGGGAUGAGCUAGAGAAAGCUGUAAACAUCAUGUGGAAUUGCAGACUGCCUUCACCAAGAUGCAUAGCAGUUGAUGCUGUAGUUGAGGAUGCUUUGGUCUCUGCUCUAAAAGUUUCUGUCUUUCCAGAAAUAAUAUUCACAAAAGCUGGGAAAAUUUUAUACCGUGAGCAAGGAAUUCGAACUGCAGAUGAGCUGUCGAAAAUUAUGGCUUUUUUUUAUUAUGGAGCUGCCAAGCCACCUUGUUUAGAUUGCAAUGGAAAUAGCCAGGAAAUGAUCCCAUCAGUUGCCAUCAAGAGUUAAAACAAUUUGGUAGUUGCUAGCAGCUGCCUUAAACUUGUGUAUGAAAAAUAUUGAUGUGGAUGUGGCUAACUUUAUCUAUUAAAUGGUGGUUAUUGUAUGAUUGUAAAUUAUAAAAACGGUUGGCCCAUGCUGUUUAGGUUUAUAUUGAGAGGUUUCAGUUUAUUGCUCUUCUUAAAUCCAAAUUUACGACAGCUUGAAUUCAAUUGAAAUUGAAGUUCUAGAUAUUUGGCAUCUUUUGUCCUUGGAGAUCAAAAGAAAUCAAGUGUGCUGCAGGAAUGAUGGGAAAAUCUGCAGUCUCUGAGCAACAACAAAGCACGAAUUUAUGAUAAUUUGCAUUACAUAUUUCUUGAACUCUUUCUUUUAAAUCAACAUUUUCAUCACCCUAUUUCUGAUCCAAUACACAUCUUCUACCUCCAUUGGAUAAUGUUCUUUGGCAGAGGUAUGCAUUUAACUCAACCUUUUUUCUUUAAUAUGUUUGAUCCAUUGCACUUGUUCUACAUUCAUUCCCUGUUAAAAGGUAGAAUCUAUGAUGAUUUCGAACCUUGUGCGAUGACAUGAGCAUAUACUGCUCCUGUUAUCUGUCAUUCCUGGGCAUCAUCUAGCACUGCCCAGAUCUUUGUUUGGAUAUAUGGCAUAGCUAUUUAUUAAAACCCAUUUAUUUACUUUGAAGAUGCAUUACUUUGAAAUACCUUGAGGUAUAUUAAAUCAGAAUGACAUGAGAAAAGUGUCAAUAAGAGUUUCUCUUAGGAAAUGCCUUUAAUGUGAUAUCACUAUUAACUGCCAUCAUAUGGAAUAUAAUCAUUGCAAAUGUCAGAACAGCUAAAUUUUUUCAGCAUUGGAAGUGAAAGGCAAAAAUUUGGUAUGACUUUGACCCAUCAAAUUUGCAUUUUGCUACAUCAACAGUUCACCUUUUUGUUUUCAUCUUCCCUCCAUAGAAUGUAAGGGAUUUUCCUGUACUAAGAGAUACCCAGAAUCCUAUCCAUGAUUCAUCUUAUUUGGUGGAAAAAUGGAUUUCCAUUGGACCUUGCUCAAGUUUUUCAGUCAUUUCAACAUCUAGAUUCACAUAUCCAUAAAAGUGUGUAUUAGUCUGGUUAGUUUGUUAUAAAUAUUGAGUGUGAAAAUUAGAGUUUUGCAUGGUUGAUCUUCUGCAGUUGUUUGUGGGGGGGAGGUUUUGCACAUGUUUUAAGUGAAAGGUUGAAGCUUGCAGUCUGAUUAGAUCCGAAACCCAAAA